AUGUCGGGGUCUCGAGUGCCUCCGGCGGCGAGACGUCGGUCGUCCGCUGCCUACGAUCCUGCGAGAGACAUCUUCAGAGAGAUACCUGAUACAGUACAUGAGAACGCAAUUGCAGAAGAUGGCCCGCAGCAGUCGUCUACGCCGCAGGGCAAUUCGAAAACGGAAGCUCCGAACGGCUCUACUGCACAUCCUACACCAGGUACGACCGAAGUGACAAAGCCAAACAACCCCAUGGACCUGCCGAGAGUGCCACGGCGGCCACGCGAAGACGGCGAAGUGCCCAGAUCUCGAGUUCCGCCCUCAGUCUACAGUCGGCGACCUGAUACAAAUGGCUCUGCGCCCAGGCGAAGAUCAAGAUCACCACCACGACGGCGGUCACGCUCUCCUAAUGGACGAAACCACGAUCCCUAUCGAAGGCGUUCUCCUCCACCUAGAGACCGGAAUCGUCCUCGCUCGCCCUCGCCAAUCCGAAGAUCACCCCCAAGAGAAACGUUCGUCCGGCCCGGAGGUGGCCGUGGCCGCGGACGCAAUGUGCUUGCCGAACAGCAGCGACUCCAAGCCGAACGAGAUGCACGAGAAGCUGGCUCUGCUGUUCCCCGAGGCGUGCAGGAAGCCUCAAAUCAAUUCUACAAUGCUCGUCCUGAGUGGGUGAAAGAGAAAGGCCGCGACUGGCGCAAGACCGAGUCCCAAAUCAAAGGUCUUCGCAGCUUUAAUAAUUGGAUAAAAUCAAACAUGAUUCAGAAGUUCUCGCCGGAAGAGAAAGCUGAGCCCGAGGAGCUGGGCUGGGGCGAGGAAGCCAAAGCACCGGAAGAGCAGCAGCCUCUGCUGGUAUUAGACAUUGGCUGCGGCAAAGGUGGCGAUCUGGGCAAGUGGCAGCUUGCACCUCAGCCCGUUGAGCUCUAUGUCGGCCUAGAUCCCGCAGAUACGAGUAUUCGACAGGCCUCCGAGCGAUAUCAGCAGAUGCGACGUGGCCGCAAGCCCAUCUUUGAGGCCCGCUUCGUCACCAAGGACUGCUUUGGCGAAUGGAUUGGUGACGUUCCCAUCGUUGCAGAAGUCGGCAUAGAUGCAUCUGCCGGAACAGGCACCAUCUCGCGGUUUGGAGGUGGCCGAUUCGAUAUCGUGACAAUGAUGUUCAGCAUGCACUAUGCGUUCGAGUCAGAAGACAAGGUCAAGAUGAUGCUCAGGAACAUCUCCGGUGCGCUUAAGAAAGGCGGUCGAUACAUUGGCGUGGCGCCCAACUCAGACAGUCUAGCCGAGCACAUCAAGACAUGGUUUGCAAAGAACCGGCCAAACGCUGCAGCAGAAGCAGCAGCGGCACAUGCGGCAAACGGUGACAGCAAUGAUGCAGAUGCGACUGCAGUGAGCCCGAAGACGGCGCCACCACCCACCACCACGCCUGACGAGACCGAAGAAGCCCUCAUUCCGCAACCUCCGACAGACACCGUGCAGUUCCGCCCUCCUGUAGGCUGGAAGUACACCUACUGGAUGGCUGAAGCUGUCGACGUGCCCGAGUUCGUCGUCCCCUGGGAGGCUUUCCGCGCUAUAGCCGAAGGUUAUAAUCUCGAACAGAGAUACCGGAAGCCAUUUCUGGAGAUAUGGGAUACCGAGAAGAACGACCCAGAGAUGAUGGCGCUGGCGAGGAGAAUGGGUGUGGUGGACGAUAGGGGCAAUGUCAACCUGAGUCAGGAGGAGAGGGAGGCGGUGAGCUUCUACCAUGGCUUCUGUUUUGUCAAGGUCUAG